AUGGCUUCCAAGCUUCUUAUUCCUCACCUUUUUAGUCUCAUGCUUUGGCUCUCAUUGCUCUUCUUGUCCGUCCACGGUUGGUUUCAUCUCGUUUCCAAAAAUAACAAUAACCACAUAAACCCUACGCAAGCAGCAGCAUAUCCUCUCAGCAGCUCCGAUCGUCGUUACACUUUGAGCAACCGGAAAGUACUACUGGCUUCUAAAUUCGACUUUUCCCCAUUUGUCCACCGGCACCGGCAUCAUCAGAAGCAUAAUUCUCACAAACAGGUGCCUGUGCGGCCGGAGCCGGACCGAACGGAGAUCGGCCGUGAUGGUUCCGAAAUGCGCAUUGUUCCCACCGGUCCAAACCCGUUGCACCAUUGA